AUGGAUGACGGUUUCCGACAGCCUGCCAAACUUCAAAAGCGAAAGAGUCGCGAACGACAGGAGCUUGAGCAGAUGACCGGUGGCUUGAGUGGUCAACCCGCAGCCAAUUCCUCGCAACCCAUGUCCGGCUCCGACAACAUGACGUCGGCUGAGAAGGAGAAGCGAUCGAAAUGGCGCAUGUCCAAUCCAUUCUCUUCCAAAGAGAAGGCAUCGAAAGAUAGUCUUAACCCUACUCACAGAGAGGAAGAAAAGGAAAAGGCGCGCAGGGAUGCCGACUCGGCGUAUUACAGUAGCGAGCGCAGCAGCGCAGAUCCGAGCUUCAAGAACCAAGCUCGUCCCAUCUCCGGUGAACAGUACAACCAUCCACCUACGAACAACCAAGCACCUCCCGCUCAUACUACACCACCGAACGGGCAACACCAAAAUACCCUUGCGCCCCCUCAGCACACGCAACAAACGCUUCAGAGUCGUUCGAGCCAUGAAGAUGUGGGCAGAGAGACAUAUCGCGAUGCUGGUUCAGGGAACAUCGUCACCGUCACAACGACCACCACAACGACGACGACCACUACAACCGGCCCAGGUGGCUCCACCACUGUAGAGCAGCCCCGCGACAGCGUUGCUCCGUCCGAGCAAAGCGUACACACUUCUGGUCCCAGCCCACCACAGCCAGCUCCUCCUCAGCCGGACAACCACUACCAUCAAGGACCCGGUCUUUCAGCCCAGUCUGCUAUACCUCAAAACAUCACUCCGCCAGUGCCUAUGAGCAACAACCAGCCAGGCAACAGACUAUCUCCACAAGUCUCCAACACCGACGGCCCUUCGUCUCCACCCAUCCCAGCGAAGAACAACAUACGGCAUAGGGUAGAGCUGGACUCGGUGUCGCCUGGAGUUCAGAGGCCGAACCCGAUGGAAGAAGUUGUCAGCCCAGUCACUCCCAGCAGCCCGAACCGUGCGAACUUCUCCUACCCUGCGAGAGCACCACCUCAAGGAGUUCCACGACAGGUGCCUGGGAAUGGCAUCCAUCCAGACCACCAGCGGAUGGACUCUCAACAACAUCAGGAUGGCAUUCCACCCGUACCUCCAGUUCCGGGACAACAGCAACCGCCACGGCGAUCGAGCAUCCCUCAAAUGCCCGCAUACCAACAGCAGCAGUCCGGCAUGCCGCCCGUACCGAACCAGCAGCCAUUCAGCAUACCCCCUAGCCUACAGUCCGGCAUCAACACCAACAACGUCAAUGAUUCAGACCGCCCGGUUCCAUACCGCGCUGGCCAUGAUCUGAACAAGCAGAGCACGAUGGCAAACCUCAAGGCAGCAGCAGCGGGUAUCCACGGCGCAGGAGAAACCCUCCGCGGAACCUUCAACGACACAUUCGACCGCCGCAACCCCGCCGCGCACGCCAAAAACCAAGCCGUCAUCGACAAAGGCCGCUCGGAAAUCGAAGCCGCACGCGCCCGCCAAUACGCUGCCCAACAACAACAGCAGCAACAACAACAACCACACAUGGGGAACCAUACAUCGGUGUCACACCCGCAGUCACAAGGACCUACGAUUGGAGCUGCACCACCCCCUCCUUCUCAGUCGGGUGUAGGGCAGUCAGCGGUACCGGGCAAGACGGCGUAUCAAGGGCCGCCGGUGUCUGGAUCGCAGAUUGAAGGGAGGAGUGGUGGAGGUGGGAAGUUGAGUAAUAUUAUGAAGAAGAUGAAGGAGGGGCCUACGCCGAGGCAGGAUGGGGCUGCGAGUCACUCUUAA